AUGGAUGAAAUUUGUAAUAUAUUAAAGGAAUACACUGAAACAGCAAAUGAUAAUAUAAUUGAUUUAUUCAAAGAAUAUGGCGCUAGCACGAAAGAUAAAACGGAGGUUCACUCGAGACUUAAAAAAAUAAAAUGUACUGAACUAAUGGCCUUUGAUGCUAACGGUUUGUACGCUUCCGCCAUGUCGGAUUUAGAUAGCGAAUAUCCGAGAGAGGAAAGUGGAAGACCGUUUCUACCGGAAGAAAAUAAAGAAUUUGUCAAGCUCUUUAAUGAACAGAAAUUCAGACCUAAAACUGCUAUUUUAAAAGUCUGGUUUGAAUAUCCCAAAAACAUGUUCUUCCAACCCAUACCAGCUAAAGAUAAAAUCACUUACACGAAUAAAGAAGGUAAAAAGGAAACUGACACUAAAAUCAGAUUCACAAAUGGUUUCUGUCACGACGUUUUAACAUCGGUCGAUAUUCAAGAAAUAGUGAAAGCCGGUGGACGAAUUAUUAGAAUAUUAGAUGGUAUAGUAUACGAAGAAAUUUUUAAAACUCCACCAUAUAGAGAUUAUAUUUUAAUUUUAAGAGAUCUUAGAAAUAAAUAUAAACGAGAAGGUAAUAGUGUGGGUAGUAAUUGCAUGAAAUUAUUCGGCAAUUCGUUGUAUGGUAAAUCUAUUCAGAAGGAUAUAACUACAUCGAGACAUCUAUGGAGUGAAGCGACUUUAAAAGCCAACUACGAUUCACACGUCAAAAGCUAUGAAAAAGUAAAUGAUAGUCAAUAUAUAGUUGAGAUAAAUGAAGAAGAAAAAGAAUUUAUUCCUCCUAAAUCUACACGACUAACACCUAGUCAUUUGGGAUCAUUCGUUUUAUCUCACAGUAAAAAAAUAAUGAAUAAUGUUAUUCGCGUGAUAGAUGGAUUUUAUAAGCCUGAAAUAUACUAUACGGAUACCGAUAGUUUAUACAUUUCGUCUAGCAAUUGGGAUAAAUUAAAUGAAGGUGGGUUGGUGUCCGAAAAUGAUUAUUGUAAAGGAAAGAAUGAUUACGGUGAUGGUGGAAUUAUAUUUGGUUUAUAUUUAGCGCCAAUAGUUAAAUACAAUAUCAUUCUAACUUCCGAUGGUGUUUUAAAAGAAAAGAAAACGUUUAAGGGUUACUCUAAAGAUAAGAUAUCCGUAGAAGAUUAUAUUCGAUUAGCUAGUGGACUCGAUGUAACGAAUGAAUUUAAGAAACCUUGGGUAAAAAGUUUCACCAAAUGGAGUAGUUAUUCCAAAGGAUGA